AUGGAUUUGCCUCUCCGUGAAGUGCAGAGGAUCAUGGAGACAGACUAUCACUUCAAGGCUACCAAGCGAAUGUACAACACCAGGUUCAAACAGUGGAACAUUUGCAAGAACUACAAGGCCGAAGAGAAAGAGCUGCUGGCGGCGAGGAUUGCCCGAGCCCACCUGGAGAAUCACUCUCUCGAAAACCUGACUUUUAAGGACCGGCCACUGAAGUUCGAUCGAGUCUUGAGACACUGCAAGACUCGAAGAAGAGCCCAGAACGGCCCCAAUUCAACAAGAGGAAGGGCGCCCGCGUCGAAACGCAACAAUACCAACUGUGCGGCCAUGCGAGAAAUCCAGGGAGAGGUGUUUCUCGGCACAGCCAGUGUACAAGCCAGGAUCACUCCCGAGUCAGGAACCACCACGACUCCUGAUCUGACGCCCCCUUCGUCAGAGCCGGUCGAUGGCGCGGAUACCUUUGAUAUCAUUAAUCACGCAGACCUUAGCCCGAAACCAGAACCACCAAUUCUAGCUCGGCCACUUUCCCCUCCGGAGAAAAACAUGGAAGUGGAAGUCAUUCUUUACCAGACACGGAUAUACUACCAGAACCACGUGGAGCGGAUCGGGCAGCAAACGACCGAGAUGUACAAGGUCAGCGGCAAGGCCAGAGCAUUCUGGUCGGGGGUCAAAUCGGCUAUCUACUUCCUCAAGAAACAAUCUCCAGCGUUUGCGUGGCCGCUCCUGAAUGAAGCAUGCACAUCAGCAGGCGAAAUGCUCGACGACGGCCCUGCCUUGUUUCUGAACGAGGUGUUCGCCGUACUGUCACCAGUCAAUACCAAGGUCUACCCCAAAGUGCGAAGCACCCUGCUGCGCUACCUGGCCGACAUGGCGGCCAUCAAGCUGAGGCCAACGCACCCCUUUGCCGUGGUGUGUCGAACACUCGCACGAGGCGACGACGAGCAGGGAGCGGUGUCUGAAACGGCCAUGAAUCUCACGCUCGACCUGUUCGCCGAGUCCCUGGGCAGAGGCCACAGUGGCACUUUUGCCGUCCAUCGGUCCCUCGUCAGCCUGAUGCGCAGGGACGCGCGCCUCGACGCGGCGAAGCAGCUGGCCGAGGAACUAGUCAUCUCCAUGGAACAGGCCCUGGUCCGACAAUGUGCACACGACGACGAUGACGACGACAACAACAACAAGCAGAGGAAGAAGAAGGAAAAACCGACAUGCAUCUCCGUCACCGAGCUGUGCGUCGCAAUGACCGAGCUCGUGCACGUCUACAUGGACCGGCGCGAAUACCUGGUCGCCCAGCGUCUGUGCCAGUCGCUGAUCCAGAACUACCGCGUCGUACAAGGCCCCGCCUUUCCCGAUUCAAGGGCCGCUUAUGCUCUGGAGGACAUGGCCGAGCUGUGCCAGUGCCAGACCAACCUCGACGGCGCCGUGUAUUGGUUGACCGAGGCGCUCGACGCGUCCACCGCGCUCAGGGGCAAAGAAGACCCGUCGACAAAACACAUCCACGAAAAGCUGGCCAGAUUGUCGCCCUGCGCCGAUUCUGCCGAUUCCGCCGACUUCUUGCGUUGA